CUAUUUGUCUUCUAGCUUAGAUCACCGUCCUCCACCCUCAGUGAGGUCAACCUGGGACCCUCAGCAAACCCACAGUAUGUACAGUAUUAAGAGUCAUGGAUUUCAAUGAUUCAUAAUGCCACGUAGAACUGACAUCUGGUAACCCUUUACCAAUAGAAUUGUGAUCCUGAUGCAUUCAUUGACAAAACUAUUUUCACCUCGAUAUGAUGCCAUACAUCAAUUGCAACCACUAACAUACAUUGCUGUACUUUGCUUUUGAGACUUGGGGCUCUUUUCAAUCCGCGUCGUGGAAAGGAAGCUUUAUAGCGUGAUUGAAAUUUAAAGGCAAUGUUCCUGCUUUAGUGGAGACUGUAUUCACGAUAAACACUGCAUAUGUCGGCUCAAUCUGAAAUGACCUUUACAUUUCUAUCGUGGAAUCUGUAAUGCUUCAGCUUUACAGAUUGAAUAGAGCCCUUGAUCGAAAAUGUUAUUUCAUGCAUCAUACCAGAGUCAUGUUGCGAGACGGUUGUUCUGCCAUAACCUGUUAUGAUAAGUGUAAUGUCAAUCUGUAUGACACAGAUAUCUGUAUCAUCAUUCCUGUCUUGUUUCAGUGCCAAGCCCACUGACUUUGACUUCUUGGCUGUUAUUGGAAAAGGGACCUUUGGGAAGGUAAGACAGACUACACUGCUGUCUGCCUGAUAAAAGGCUGCAUGCCUUCAUCAAUGAUUAACUCAGUCUAUGCAGGACUGUUAAGGUUACCUUGAUGAAAAGGCAAAAACAAAACAAUGAAUGAGGAUAAAGAGUUUUUGACAAAUUGUACUCAGGAUAAGCAGCCAUUUUUAAUUCUUCCAGUUCAUUUGCAGUCCUUUGUCAUUGUGUCUAUGACUACUUUAUUUCUAUAUUUUGUGUGGCUGUUAAUCAAAUAUGUUAUUUGUGUGUACUCAUUCCCCUUCUAGAUUGAUUUAAGAUAUGUUUAUGAUAAGAGUGUCAUAUUAGUAGGUGAAGUGUUGAGUAAACAACCAGAGAUUUAUUGGCAACCACCCUACAUCCAGGUCCUGCUCGCCAAGCUCAAAGCUGACAACAAAUUCUAUGCAGUCAAAGUUUUACAGAAGAAAGUCAUCCUGAAGAAAAAUGAGGUUGGUCUAUAAACGUUUAGUUUAGUUAUUCAUUAUCACAACAAACUCACAUAAGAAUUCUUUAUUUUCUGUGAUAAAGGUCCAUUAAAUUACACUAAUAAAACCCUUUAUGUCAGUAUAUAUUCAACGUGUUAUGAAUUUCACUGUGUAGCAGAACUGGUUUAGCCUAAAUCUGUUGUGUGUUUCUAAGAAAGAUAACAUCCUAAUCUAAUCUGGUGUGUUCUGUCCUUUGUACUCUGACAGACUGAUUAUACAGCCCCAAGUCUCUAUUGUGUGUUUCUUACAAACUGUACAUCCCUAUAAUCAAAACGGUUUUAUUCCCUUAGUUUUGUAUCACUUGAUAGUUAUAAGCAAAUUAAUCUUGGACUUUCUGAGCUACCUACAGACACACGUUAUAGCUGUCUGACAGACCUAGUCAGAUGAGUGUAGGCGGCUGUACUUGUGACAUAAAGCAGCAUAAAUAACACUGAGGACCUUGUAGGAAAGAGGUGUCUCGCUCUCUCUCCCCACUCUUUCUGUAUAUUGUCUCUUGUCUCGCGCUUGGGGUUGAUGCAGUGGUGGUGACAGGGGCCUGUAUUCUGCUGUGUCCUACCCUCUGCCUCGUGUCCGCUGGUUCAAUGCUGCUUUGUGUCCUCUAGCAAAAGAACAUCAUGGCAGAGAGGAACGUGCUGCUGAAGAGCUUGAAGCACCCUUUCCUGGUGGGCCUCCACUACUCCUUCCAGACCGCAGAGAAGCUCUACUUUGUCCUGGACUAUGUCAAUGGGGGAGAGGUACCAAGCUAACGGCCCUGGGUUUCCCGAAAGGUUUCAAAUGACUGUUUGGUUAUGAAAAUGCUAAAAGGAAUGGACUGUAGCAAUGUUCCUAAUAAGUCAUCCUUUAUUUGUAUUAAAGCUGCCAAGCUAUUGCCAGCACAGAAGCAGCAGAGCAGUGUGUCAUAGCCCCAAGCCCUGGGCUUAGUCACACUGUACUCCCAUUUAAUCAUCGGCUCAGUCCAAAGUCUCUCUGUAUCACAGUAUUAUGAGGAGUUAAUAAUGUAGUGCUAGUAAUAUGACAUGCUUUGUCAGAGCCCAGGAGACUGACAGUUAAAACAACAAGACAGAACUGUUUUCUCUCUCCCUGCAUCUCUAACCUCUUUCUCUCCCUCUCAAUCCAUCUCUCUCUGUCUUGUAGAUCUUCUUCCACCUGCAGAGGGAUCGGUGCUUCUUGGAGCCGAGGGCUCGGUUCUAUGCUGCUGAGGUUGCCAGUGCCAUCGGCUACCUUCAUUCCCUCAACAUCGUUUACAGGUCAGACAGUUUGCACAAACACAUUCACGUAGAAACAACACGUUAUUAUGUACAGUAUUGAGGUUCAGUGAAAUCAGAUAUCUUUGUUUGUUUGUUCUUAUGUAGAGAUCUGAAGCCAGAGAAUAUUCUCUUAGACUCUCAGGUAAGUGUUGACUCAUAAAGGGGUGUAAAUGUAAUUGGAUUGUUUUCAAUAUCUCAACUCACUUCCUUCUCAUCUUAGAGAAGAUGGUUCAAGAUUUCGCAAUACAGUAUCAUAUGCAGUCUGUAAGUUCCUGUAAGAUUGGGAUGGUGCUUAAAACGUGUAUGUGUUCCAGGGCCACGUGGUGCUUACAGACUUUGGGCUGUGUAAAGAGGGAGUGGAGCCAGAGACCACCACGUCCACUUUCUGUGGAACCCCUGAGGUGAGGGAUAGCCUGAGAUUGUGUCUGUGAUCAAUGAUAUGUUAAUGAUAACAUAUGUCUAAUAUUCACUUAUAGCUCUAUAUAUCCAUCUGUGUAUUUAUCUCUCUCUCUCUCUCUGUAGUAUUUGGCCCCUGAGAUUCUGCGUAAGGAGCCCUAUGACCGCACGGUGGACUGGUGGUGUCUGGGAGCUGUGCUCUAUGAGAUGAUCUAUAGUCUUGUACGUUUUUGAAUCUUAGCCACCCAAGGCUUUUACUAGCGACAUAUAGUUCAAUGUACUAAAGAUGAACAAUGGGUAAAGAGGAACAAUGAAGAUGCUCAUCCACAUAAUAUUUGAAUGUGUCUAUUUUAAAAGGAUAAAGCUAAGAACAUAAACAACUUCAUAGUUAAGAACACUAUAUCAACAUGGAAGAAAAUGAAACGUAUUCUACAAGAACCAAUAUCACUCCCUUAAAAACACAACCCUAUGGAACAAACCUUGGAUAGUUUUUUAAGAAUUCACCGAUAAAUUGGUCCACAUGGAAAACUAAAGGCAUAGAGAUCGUAAAUGACUAAUAGGAAAUACAUUUAUUUCCAUGACAGGAUUAAAAAGCAAUUUUGGAUUGACCAAUGUAGAUAUUUUCAAAUAUGCAACGUAAAAGUUUUAUAUCAUGACAUUUUGAUUAGGAAUCAGAGCAAUCUUGAGGGAAUCCUAUUUGAGUCAGAAAAGGAUAUUCAUAUGAUAGGUAAGCUAUACAAAACCUUGCAGAGAGCCUAUCCAACAGUCUCUUAGAACUAAAUAUAAACUAUUGAAACCGAGACUUAAAAAUAACUGAUAUUGGCACAAGAUGGAGGGAAUGUUGGAACAUAACUAAUGAAAUUACAGUUAAUGAAAAUGUACGCUUAAUCCAGUAUAAACUAAUGUAUAAAAUGUAUUAUACAAGAGACAAAAUUCACAAAUUCUACAGCACAACGGCAAAGUCAUGUCUUAAUUGUAAAACUAACAAAGACUCAAUAAUCCAUGCCUUCUGGGAAUGUUAUAAAGUCCAAAAGUUAUGGGCGAAGUUAGAAAGUUGUCUGUCAGAAAUAUUACAAUGUAAAUGUACUUUUAUUCCGUCUGUCUGCAUAUUUGAAGACAUGGCAUAUGAGGGUGCAGUGAGAUACCCGAUGGGUUGGACGAUACUUUUCUCGUCAAUCAUCUUGAAAAAACGUAUACUUAACUGGAAAUCAACACAAUGGAAAGGUCAAAUGCUUUAUUAUCUAAAUGUUGAAAGUGUGUGGAUGAAGGAGAGAAACAAAAUGGAGCAGUUUGAGACCAUGUGGCGGAGAGUGAUGCGGGCGCUGGAGAUAGGGGUGUGAGCUUGUAUGUUUUGUAUUGUCCAAAAACAUCAUACUAAAAUAAAAUAGUUUUUGAAUCUUAUAUAGCUACUGUACUUAGCGCAAUCUAAGGCCAACCCAAAUAUUGUUUACAUGUGCAGCAAAUGUCCAAGACAAUUAUGUUACCAACUUCAGGAAAUGUUUCUGGAGUAGCUGGUUGCUACAGCGCUGUGUGUCUCUUCUCCGUUCUACUCCGUUUCUAGCCUCCUUUUUACAGCCGGGACAUGUCUGAGAUGCAUGAUGGCGUCCUGCACAAGCCUCUGCCGCUGCCCCCAGGGAAGUCAGACGCUGUCUGUAGUCUGCUCCAGAGCCUCCUGCAGAAGGACCAGCACUGCAGGCUGGGAGCCAUCGACGACUUUGUGAGUGGCUGACUAGACCCUCUCCAUGGACCAUGAGUUGCAUCUGAAAUGGCACCCAAAGCCCAAUAUAGUGCAGUACUUCUGUACCAUUUCGGAAGCACUCCAUGUCUUUGCCAGUUACUGUGUUUCACUAAUGUUCAUUCAGUUAUACAUUGCUUAUAUCUUGUAUUCUUGUUUUACUUUACAGUUAGAAAUCAAGAACCAUGUGUUCUUCUCCCCGAUUAACUGGGAUGACCUGUACCACAAGCGAAUCACUCCUCCAUACUACCCCAAUGUGGUGAGUUGUUGGAGCGGAUGGUCGGGGGGGCGGGGGGGCAGAACAUAAUCAUUUGUACAAAGCAGAUUGACCACAACUAAGCCCAAAAAUAAAUUGUAUUUGAAAAUAACAAAAAUGUCAUACCUUGAUUACAUUGAGACACGAUCACAUCUCUUUUUUUUAUUUGUGGAAAUAGUUGGGAACAGAUUUCCUACAUUUGCUGGGGAUUUUACUUUUUUUAACCAAAAACGAACCCCCCCCCUCCCCACUUUGGGGGGCCAAAAUAAAUUGCCUGUUGCUGACCCCUAGCUUAUAACAUGCCGGUUGUUUCUUACCAUGUUCUCUAACCUUAACGUCUCUUUCUCUAAAACUUUCUCUCACUACCUUUCUUUCCUCGUUUUCACCUUCACUCUGUCCCUCUCUUUUCUCUAUCACUUCCCUCCAUUCCCUAACAUGUCCCCUCUCUCCUCCAGAAAGGGCCAGCGGACAUGCAGCACAUAGACCCAGAGUUCACCAGAGAGAUGGUGUCUAACUCGGUGGGCCGCACCCCUGAGCUCAACGCCAGCACCAGCAGCUCCAACGCCUUCAAUGGCUUCUCCUACGUCUGUGGUGAAGAAGACCGCUUCCUCUAAGACAGGGAGGGAGGUCCCUCACAGCACCACCACUGCCUGAGCUCGAGGUAGAAGAUACCCCUAACCACAUCUAGGAUUUAAUUCCUCAACCCCAAAUCCUAACCUUAACCUCUAAGUCAGGAGGAGAAAAAUAUAUUUGGCCCUUGAUUCAUCAGUUAGUGGCAACCUCUAUCAACUUCAUUGGCCACAGCCAUAGAAAUGGAGCACAUGAACAGAAUGCAUUUUUGUGUAGGCUAUGGACGGGGCUGCCACGUCUGUUUAUCUAGACAUUAGAACAGGCAGACGCAGCAGGCACAAAUGAUAUGUGUGAAACUAGUCGAAACCAUAUUUCUGCUCUUUUAAGUGCUGUUUUUAAUACAAACACGGUGGACUUUCCAAACAUUUGUUAUUUUGAAUUAAAAGUGAUGAUUGUCAAACAAUACAUUUUUGUACAUUAUUGAUUUGAAAACAUGCUGUUUCUGUUAUCACUGACUUUUUGUAGAUUAGAGGCUUGACUCUAUUGUUGCGUCCAGGCAUGCUUAAAGGAUAGCUCACCCAAAUUACAAAAUUACCUAUUGGUUUCCUUUCCCCUGUCAGCAGUCUAUGGACAAGGUUUGACGGCAAUUCUAGAUGAUUCGAACAUGCGUGGAAAAUGUGCAUAUCAGUACCAUGACUUGAAUGGGAUUUGUGC